AAAGAAGCGGAAGUGGCGAAAAUGAAAAUGAGAUGAAAAUAUCAGGCGAGAUGAGAAUGUCGGCUAUAGGUUAGUUAGGUUAGUUACGCUUAGACAUGGAGGAUAUUUUAGACCAGGUGAAAACACUCAGUGCAGACGAGUUGAGGACGCAAUUAAAGGAACACGGAGAGACUGUCGGACCUAUUUUACGGACCACGAUUGCGCUUUUUCAAAAACGGUUGGUAAGAAAAAUCAUUGCAUCCCAACAAACGACGUUAACCACCGACUCAAAAACAUCCGUUGAUGGCAGACGACUUUGUUCGUUGUCAGGAGGCAAAGAUGAAGGGAGUGACAGUUGCAAAACUGAAUGUGUUAAUAGGACCCCUUUCCAACCAGACAACCCCUUGCCAGAUUCAUCAUCAGAUUUAUCGGACGGUGUGGCCAGUUCAAAAAGUGUUUCACAGGGUGAAAAAACUGAAGACACCGAAAUCAAAAUAGCCCAGAUAAAUUUAGAGGCAUCUCAUUUUUAUGGAGUCAGUUUACCUGCCACUGUCAGUAAAGAAGAGAUUGAAGAUCAGUGCUUCGUCUUUACUGAUAAAGACUCGGCCCUAAAAUCAGUGAAGAAAUAUACUGGGGCACGUUUCAAGGUGUUCAAAUCAAAGUCGGAAGCUGAUGAAUUUUCCCUUAAUUCUGCUGAUGUCAACUCUCCAUGGAAAAAGGGGUCAAAGACUGCUGGUGAGCUGACCCCUGGAGUAAGUGUGGAGAGCUGUCCCUACAAAGCUCCAAAGAUACAAGAGUUAAUUGUACUUAGGACAAGGAUAGAGCAGGGUGAAUGUAGAGUGGUAGAAAACAUGUUCUGGGAAAACCCUCGAAUGCUGAUCAGCAGUGGUGACACUCCCACUAUCCUACAGGAAAGUGCCCGCUACAAUGCUCUCCACGUAGCGGCCAAGAGUAACCAAGCGGCCAUGUGUCAACUUAUCCUGGAUACACUAGAGGAUCCUAGCCUGAUUGAUAAGCUUUAUGCACACACCAAGGAAACACAGCUGACACGCACCAACAGAAUCAACUUUGUGGUGGACCUAUACCUCAACACUCCAGACAAAGGGAACUGUGAAACUCCGUUACACUUUGCGUGUAAGUUUGGACACAAGGAUGUUGUUUCUGUGAUUGUGUCUCACCCAAAAGUAGACCGGAAUUUACGUAACAACAAUGGUCAGACUGCCUCAGAGGUGAUUUGCAGUAGAUGUUCAAAACCAGAAGAAAAUUUGAAGGAUGAAAUUAAAGAAUUACUAGAGGGUCAGUAUUAUGUGCCACUGGUCAGGUCCGAAGAUAACACAACACAGCCUGUGAUUGGUCCACCCUGGUCACCUGACAGUAAGAACCCUGCCAUGAAUGUUCCGUUCUCUUCAUGGAGUCCUAAGGAUCCUCUGAUGGCAGUUAAGGCAUGUGCAGGACCUAUGACCCCUUCAAGAGCUGAGCAGUUCCACAAACAGUGGACCACACCUCCCAGUGGAAGUUCCGAUUAUAUCCGCAGGAAGUUUGUCAUUACCCGGCGCGAGGACAGUGACAAAGGCAUGGAACGCCUCGGCCGAGACUUGGCCCACCAGAUGCAGAUCCCUUGGCUUGAGUACUGGGAGUUCCUACAAACUUAUGCCGACCUUUCCUCUGAAGAUGGAUUUGACCUUUUGGAGGAGUAUUUCCAGAAACAAAGAAUUGCUCUCUGUAUUGCUGAUGGUAUAGAGAAACUUGACCUAUUAGCCAUGAACCAUGCCAAUGGAACAGGAACUGACAUUGGGAUAAGCCAGUAUAGUAACUUGUCAUGGAAUCUAUUAGCCUUGAGAGAAGAAGUGGAGAAAGACUUGGAAAGCUCUGAUCAUGAAAAUGAUUUUGACUCCAUUGAUCUGGAUGAAGAAAUUUUGAAUUCUCCAAAACGAGAACCUCAAAUCCAGAAUGGAGAUGCAUGUAAGUUAGAAAAUGGCGGUGGCGCCAUAGCAACCAAUGGAACCCCUCCCUCUAUGAGGAGUUCUUAUCUACGUAAUACCCAGAAUCUCUACAGUACCCCCAUCAGUGGUGAGAGUUACGGUUACGGACGAGCAGGUCUCCUCAGUCGGUCAAUGGAGAGAAGCGAUCUCAUGUUUCAGUCCACUGACAGCAUGGCGGGAAAUGGCAGUCCCAUCUCCUGUCUCUCAGCUCUAUUUGCCAAACUAUCUCUGCUAGAUCGGUCCCGAUCUUCUCCAAGAGGGAUCUCAAAGUUUAUAACUUGUACAUCCUGUAUGGGAAAUCGUUCCCAGCAUAUCUCCUCACCAGGAGAUCACCCUAUGGACGCUUCAUAUGUGUCAACAAAACCCUACAGCAAAGUUCCUUACUUUAAGGAAGCUAAUGAUACCUAUAAUGCACAUAUUGCCGCCCAUGAAGGAGGGGAAACUGCUAAUCCAAGUAAUGUCCCAGUUAGUGUUUGGAAACGCCCACCUUUGACAAAACUCGAACGAGAGGAACUUGAAUCAGAAAAACUUAGAGAAUCCUCUGCUGCAAAAGCCGACAUGAAUUGGAGAAAUAGCAAACAGCCAUCAUUGGGCUCGGAGAGUGAUUCUGAUCCCUCUUCAUUAACUCAGUCACAUAACUCCGAACUUGACGAGAGCAUAAAGGAGUUGACAAACAAUUUCAAAAAGAAGGUGGAGUUGCAGAAAGAGGAGGAUGUUGUGAACCAAUCAGAGGAUGGAUCUAGCAUUGAUUGGCAGAAUGCCUCCAAUCGUCUAAAUGUGACAUUAGAAAUGGACAGAGACAAGAUUUCAGGAAUCGUGUUUGAAUCUCUUUUUGAAACUUUGAAUGAGAGAAAAAAUCUGGAGAAUGUGAGUAAUUACAGAUCUGCUCCAACACAAACACGACGAGACAUUGUUGUGGAUUUGAAGGAGGAACCUUUGUAUAAACGUGACAUUAUUAUUGCUGACGUAGCUGUGAUACCAUUUCAUUGUAGCGUCGCAGAGAUGCACCUUUUCAAUGACAUUCCAUUCAAGGUUAUUCAUGGAGAGGUUGAGAUGGACAAGAGUAUGGACAUGGAGGCAACUCUGCCUGCUAUUAUUGAUGUGAAGUUUAAUUUUAUUGGACGUGACGUCACACAGGCUCUGGCCAUCAGUAACAGUCUCAAAUCAAAGAUGUUCUUCAUUCACGGGUACCGCCCGACCAAGUCUGACCUGGAUGCCUAUCGGGCCAUGGAGGGGGCCUCUGUGGAUAAUGACCGGUACCCUACAGUACAGAAGUGGAGGACCCAAGUCCUGUCCUACACCACUGACUCCACCUUCAGUUGGCAGAGUCCUGCAAGGGCGAGGAAGCAGUCCAAUCUAUCUUCAAGCUUCCCACUUGGUUCCUCCAAAUCCCAGGCAGAUAGUCCAAUCACAUUUAGUCCAGUAGCGCCGCGGAGUCCGAGACACUCCAUGUCCUCCAGUCUCACCAUGCCCAACAUUCGGACACAACUAUUCUCAUCGUCUGGUCCCAAGAACCGCUGGUCAAUGAUCAAUUAAAUUUCUGCUUACCUUUGACCUCUGAUAUAGUUACAGAUCUGUAAAACAACUGUGGUAUUGUUGAUUGGAAUACUUGACCUCUGACCUGCCAUAUGAUGUGAAUUUGAAUCUCAAGUCUCAACCUUUGAAUACUGGGACAACAAGAUGUAGUAGAACCACUAGACACCUGUGAUAGAACAGUGAACACUCUACAAAGUCUUUGUUGUAUGUAAUUCACCACCAGUAACGUUGUGUCUACAGUCGUGAUACACAUGUCUACACUAAAGCCUGUCGAUCACGCAUUUUGAUUAUCAAGGGACUCCUAUUAAGGGUUAUUAACAAGUUUGAGGUCAUAGUAAUGUUUUCCAACUGCUUUUAUAAAAAAUCUUGUAGUUAUAAAUGUUGUGUAUGUAUAACACGUAAUGAUAUUACUGAUUUUACUCCGAGUUAUUUUAGAUGUUUAAUUGCGUGAAAGUAUGGUGAAUCUUUUUAUUUUAAGUCUAUACAUUGUAAUUUCUGGGGAGAGACAAGAAAAAAAAGUGAGUAUUUUUGAUGGAUUACUACAAUUGAAUUGUAACUACUAGUAAAAUAAUUCGCAAAAAAAUUGUGUCCAGGAAGUAGAUUUACCAUGUUGAUGAUGUUACUGCCAGUCAAUAUUUUUAGCUCACCUAUCAGUAGUAUUGGGGCGCUUAUUAAUAGUCAUACUGGCAUUGCCAGGCUGAAGUUUCGACAUUCAUUUACACAAUACAAAAUGUAUAACCUUCUGUAUUUGUCCUAGGUAUUAUGACGUUUGACAUGGAGGUCCAAAGUUAUUCUGUUCAUGCAGUGCGGUCUACAUAGAAUUUUGUUUUCCCAACUUUUUACUAAUUUUGGACAGAUUUUUGCCAAAACCUCCAGGUUAAAGUUUUUCUUGCAAGUGCUGACUUUUAUCUGCUGACAUUUAUCAGCAAUUUUGUUGACCCGCUGAUAUUUGGCACAGAAGUACCCAAUUAAUGCUCCACUCCACAUAUUGUUAAUUGUCUGAAAAAUUGAGAUAAAUUUUGAUGUUAAAACAACAUUUAAGCGACAGUACCAAUUCCAUGUUUUCCCCGAAGAUUCCGUCUUUUCUUAGCUUAUGUUUUUUUGGCAAAUUAGUAUUUUAUCAAACACCAAUGAAAUUGAAAUAAGUACGGUAAAUUGUUACUGAUGCUAGCUAUAGAUUUCAUGUUAAGCUCCUUUAAACUGGGGGCGUGGACAUAUCCAUUUUUUUCAAACAUUUUCUAGCUACUAACUUAAGAGUAUAAAACAUUGUAGGAUAGCGUGUAGAAUUUCAGCUGUCAUUCAUUAUAUACAGUAAGUCAACCUUUCUACUCCUGAGUAGUAGGAGUUGUGGGCACUUUCCAGUGCUGAAGGUGUAAACAAUCUAGUAGGCAAAAAAGUUACUUAUCAUUAUGUCACUCCAGCCUCCUGUAGCUACACUACUACAUCUGCUAGUGGGCUUCGUGUAAUGAUAUAUAUAGUAUGUAUUGUUAUGCAUUACUGAAUGAGCUAACAAUCAGAAGAGAUGUGAUAUGUAUUUGGGUGUUGUGUAUGUUUAUGGAACAGAUGACAGAUUGUGUUGUACGAAGUAUAUAGUUGACAAUGGAAAGUCAGUUUUGUAUGUCAAAAGUCACUGGUGACACAACUCUUCUGUUGUCGAAUGUGUAAAACAGGUCUUCUCAUUAAUAAGUAAAUGUCUGUUUUUCAACAAAUUAACAAGACUUUAUAUAGGUUGAAAGCUAGGUGUGGAGUCUUGUUGGAAUUUGUGUGUGAUUUAGGAUGAGCUAGCUGGUAUGAAGUUGUGUGUGGACUAUGUAUACGAGCUGAAGUGAAGUUAUAUAUUGGAUUGCAUACACUAGAUAUGAAAUAAGCCAGGUACAAUUACAAUGUACAGUUGAAAUGACCUUUACUGUAUAUUCAUUUUGUCAGCAUUGCUUUAACAUGCACACAUUGUGAUACAAGAAAUCUGUUUUUGUAAAGCAUAUAUUUGUUGCCUUUCAAAUGUGUUCAUUCCUAGUUUGCUUGAGAACCAUUUUAAAUCCUUCAUUCGUUAACCAUGUAUUUGUUCUGUCUCUUGAAGUUUAUAGACAACCUGUUAAAUACACAGGCAGUAUAUAUAGUAGUAGUCCUAGUCCAUUUAGAAAAAGUUUGCUUUAUGGUAAGGUCCGACUAUUGUUCCGAGUGGUAAACAUCACAUCAAUAUCCGUAGAUAAAAUCACUCGCUAUGACGUUGCAAGUGACAUCAAUAUGCCGUUAAUUCAUGGUGAAAGACAGACUAUUUUUUCUUUUCUAUUUUUUAGCUCACCUGCCUGCCGAGGGCAAGUGAGCUUAUGCCAUGGCACAGCGUCCGU